CCUGGAUCAUAUGCAUUUACUAUUUUCUUUUUGUUAUAUAGAAAAAUAUCAAAUAGAUUUUCUAAAUAAUGACAUAUACCCUCUUUUUAUAGGAGAAAAUCUUUUUCCUGUAAACAUUCCUAAAAUUACAAGUGAUCAAACUAUAUAUAUAUAUAUAUGUUCUAGAUUCAUUUGGAUAGUAAACUUUCAUAUCAAUUCCUUAAGUUUAUAAAUUAUGAAGAGCACAUUAAUAAUAUUUUUCACACUCUGUUUGAGCAUGGCCGUUAUGGCGCGUCACGAAUCCUACUAUGGCAACACCAAACCGGCUAAACUGAAUGAGGAGAAAGUGACACGUGUCAGAUUUUAUCUCCAUGAUACUCUCAGUGGCCAAAAUCCUACCGCCGUUAGAAUCGCACAUGCAAAUCUAACCGGUGGCUCAGCUUCGCCGGUAGGUUUUGGAAGCCUGUUUGUGAUAGACGAUCCGCUCACCGUCGGGCCGGAGAAACACUCGAAAGAGAUCGGGAAUGGUCAAGGGAUGUAUGUCUCCGGGUGCAAAGACUUGAGCAAAUUCACGAUCGUCAUGUACGCUGAUUUGGCUUUCACGGCAGGGAAGUUUAAUGGAAGCUCGAUCAGUAUCUUCUCGAGGAAUCCGGUGGCGGAAGAGGUCGGAGAGCGAGAAAUCGCGAUUGUUGGUGGCCGUGGGAAAUUCAGAAUGGCGAGAGGUUUUGUCAAAGUAAAAACAAAUAAGAUUGACAUGAAGACUGGUGAUGCUGUUCUCCGAUAUGAUGCUACUGUUUAUCAUUAUUAACCGAUUCAUAUGUUCCGAUUAAAACAAUAAAAAGGCCAACUAAAUCAAUUAUUCAGAUCAAAACUGAAUUUUGCAUGAUCAAGAGAUCAAAAUUGAUUAAUUAUGUUGCAAUCUUUCUUCUCAAUUCCCAAAAUCUAUACUAGUAAUCUCUUUUACAUAUCUUAGUUGUGUGGAUCGUGAUAUUUGAGAUAGUCUUACAAAAGACAUGAUAGGGCCUGUGAGUGUAUAUGAUUGGUUUUCCAUCGGAUCCUAUCCGAAUUUUAUCCAAAAUAUUAAUUAUCG